GGUCUGCGGAGAUGCUGGAUGUUGUCGGUCCCAUCUGACCCAACACUACAAGUUGCUGUUAGUCCCGGAUCUCGACACCCUGCAGGCUAUUCCCGGGGCGGCACGGUCGUGAUGCUGCACUGUAGGGUUUAAACCUCACUUUCCCGGGUAUUUUUCAUGGCUUUAAAUUCUCACUUGGAAAAAAAAACACUAAAGGACUCGUCUUACCGAAGAAAUUUCAAUGCGAGAGAGCGAUCAGUGAGACUACAGCGCGGGGAUAUGCAAAAAGGCAAUGCGUGCUGUAUUGAUCAUGUUUUUUUUUCUCUUAAUGGACAAAAUGCAGGACAAUUAAAUUAAAAUACACGUUUGAGGGGCGCACUUGAGAUCGGCGUGACAUUGCCGGACAGUGCUGGGUCUGUGCUCGCGGGGAAUGAGGGUCUGCGCAGACAGAAGGUGAAGCUGACAUCGCCCUGCUCCCACCCAGACCGCUAAGUUUCCCGGAAAAUUGGGCUCUGGAGCCGGUGGCACAUCGGGAACCUUCCCCACUUUUUAAGGCGGGAUCUUGCGCCCGUUUCUGGUCCAUGGAUUGUCCGCGUCCUGGUCGCUUCCCGGUGGUUUACAGAGGGCGCCGCUUUGCUGCGGAGUAUCGGGCUCUCCGUGCGCACUUUUCUUUGGUGAAGACGCCGGACGGGAUGGAUGUCUCACUGCUUCGCUGAAGAUCGCCGGCUCCUUCCCCCGGCUUUGCCCGACUUUCUCGCCACCAUGCAGCUGCUCCGAGUUGCCUGGGCUUUCGCCGGAGCGGCGAUAUGUUGCUUCAUUAUUUUCCUCUUCCACUCGCACUUCAUGAAGGAAGGUCAGCUGGCAGCGGGGACAUGCGAGAUCGUCACUCUGGACCGGGACAGUAGCCAACCACGGAGGACCGUCGCACGGCAGACAGCGAGGUGCGCGUGCCGGAAGGGACAGAUUGCCGGCACCACGAGAGCCCGGCCGGCGUGCGUGGAAGCUCGCAUCGUCCGGGCCAAGCAGUGGUGUGAGAUGCUUCCCUGCCUGGAUAAUGAAGGCUGUAACCUGCUGGUGAACAAGUCGGGCUGGACCUGUACUCAACCCGGGGGCAGAGUUAAGACCACCACGGUCUCCUGACUAGUGUAGCAACAGGGCCUCCCAGCAGGGGAUGUGGAUCGCGAUUCGCUGCUUCCCGCACUCCGUGGUCGCCACCGUCGAAUCAUCCGUCAUCUGUCAUCGGCUUGACUUGUCCGCCCAUCCAUCUCCGUGCAUCGUGAUACGGACCACAGAGGGUGGUUCUCCAUGCUUCUCCGAAGCCCGGGAACGGGCAGGACUCCGACCCCGCGUGGCGGCAUUCUGCCCCCGUAACUCUGACCCGACCCGGUUACUGUGGAGAAACAGACCGACCGUCCCAGCUUCGUCCACUGGGCCUCUGCCAGCGCCGAUGUUUGGUGCCUGAAGCAUUUUUUCCAUUCAAUAGACCAAAGAGGACCGUACUUUUCUGGGUGGACAGGACGGACACACAAGGGGACAGGAAUUCAUCGUCAGGGAUGCUCACACUGAGCAGGGAGAGGCCAAGGCGGUGAUGUCAUCACUCCUGGGCUCCAAGGCACCACUGUACUCUGUGCAGAUAUUAUAUAUAUUCCUGCGUAAUAUAUAUAAUAAUCAACAUUGCAUUUUUUUCAAACGCUGUAUUUGGACAAUUUGCAAUAAGCAUGCAGACAGCAAACGAUUUACGGGCAGACAAGGAAAUGGUGAUUCUGGUUUUGGAAAAAUAUCAUUAAAUGUAUUUUAAACAAAAAAGGCCUAAACUUAUAUAUUUAACAGUUUUAUAUGUGGUACAUUUGUAGAGACCCUUAUUUAACAGAGAUGGUGCCGUCACGCCACCCGUGACGGGCUUCUGGGAGACGCCUGGCCCACGGACACACCGCUCUGCUUCCCCGCUUUUACGUCACCUCAGCUUUCUUGAAGUAUAUUUUUCAACGUCCGUUGACGCUUUUUAAAGUGCGACUCAUGACCAGCCCACAUAGCAGACGUUAAACGGGACGAACGCAGCGAGGCUAAAAGCCUGCAGUGACUAGUCUGUGUGUCUCAUAGCGCUGGCCCUGUCGGAUGUUUGCUGUUGUAUUAUAUAUCAGUGUGAAGUGCCAAGCUUUUCGACUUUGCGUUAAAUUAGCUCGACUCUCUUUCUCUUGCACAGCGCCGGCCUCAGAGCAGCAGCAGCCGACGGGAGGGACACGGUCGCACAGAAGUUUCUCAUCAAAUAAAGGAAAUACACUGAGCGCAUAUUUCAGAGAGUCACUAAGCCGGUAUUGAGGGUUCCUCAUUAAAAUAUUCGAUCUGUGUCUGGCUUGAAGGUUAUUGUUUUUUUUUUUUGGUUAAUUUUUGUGCUGUAUCUGCUUUUUAAUUUGAGGUGAAACGUCCCGAAGCAUUAGCCGUCUCAAAGGAGUGUUUAUUUUUAGCUGCUGUUUUAUUUUAUUUUAUUUUUUUUUGCCAUGCAAGGUUGGCAGGCUAAAUUGCAUAAUAAAUAUAUAAAUAUGGUAGUCUAUACAGAGACUGAUAUGCAAAUAUCUAAUAUUCCAGUACUUUUAUACAUGAAGGCUAUUGACAUAUAGA